AAUCCGUGGUUAGAAAUUUCGUCGUCUUUAUAGUUAAAUAGCAUGUCAUGGAAGAUAGUCGAUGUUCGGUUGUAGUUUAAAUAUGGCUGCGGUUAAGCUGAUUUGGCAAUGCAUGUUUAGCCCUCGGUUGUAUAAAAUAUAUGAUGACAGGCGACCUGAUGUUGCGUAUGAAGCAAGACCUUUCGAAAAAUGGGGAGAUCAGGUUAUUCAAUCGUUGUAUAUCAUGUGGAAUGUUGGUCUGUACACUUCUCCCAUUCUGGCAACAGUCUUAUAUCGAAGAGGAUACUUUGUUUUCGAUGGAAUUGUAACAAUUGCGAAAUUCCUCACUGGAAUUGGCUUGAUUCUUGCAGCUUCGUACUGUCUACGAAGUAUAGAUAGAGCUAAUAAUUACACCUAUAUAACCUUUCUGAAUUCACUGACUGCAGCAAAGAAAGAACUUAAUAAGGAUACCAAGAAAGCGCUGUCAAGAUACGAUUUUGAAUUCUAUGCUUGGCCGGUUGAAUUCAAGUGGUCUGAUAUAGAAGGAGAUGAAACUAAACAUCGAUUGUAUAUGGACCGACCAUCACCUCGGCGGACUGCAGUGGAGUGGCUGUUUGCUUUGCCAUGUCAGGUGGUCAGCUAUGUAGUGGCGCACACAUUUGGGCUGCGUCUUGUGUACCCAGGUUCCAUUUCCAUGCUGCAGUAUGUGAUGGCUCCAAUCCUGUUGCAAGGCAGAAUCAAGUUGGUUAAUGAGAAUCAAGCAGAACGAUUCAAAUUGCAUACCAGGGAUGGUAACUAUGUGGACACUAUGAUUGUGGAUAGGAGAAAUAAGCAUGCCAAUGGAAACACUCUUGUGAUCUGUUCAGAAGGCAAUGCUGGCUUCUAUGAAAUUGGGAUAAUGGUUACUCCUCUUGAAGCAGGAUAUUCAGUUCUGGGGUGGAACCAUCCUGGGUUUGGUGGUAGCACGGGUAUGCCGUACCCAGACCAAGAACUAAAUGCUAUUGAUAUUGUGAUGCAGUUUGCCAUUCAUGGUUUGAAAUUUCAACCUGAGAAUAUUCUGUUGUUUGGUUGGAGUAUUGGAGGAUAUCCCAUAUCUUGGGCUGCCAUGAACUAUCCAGAUGUCAAAGGAGUGAUAUUAGAUGCCACAUUUGAUGACAUUGUGGAACUUGCCAUUCUGCGCAUGCCCAGCUCAUUGGAGCCACUUGUCAGGAAGACUAUUCGAGACUACAUCAACCUAAACAUCUACCAGCAGCUCUCAAAAUAUCCUGGACCAGUUCUACUGAUCAGGAGAACUGAGGAUGAAGUUAUCUGCACAGAGGAGAUGAAAUUAUCAUCAAACAGGGGGAAUAAUUUGUUGGUGAAGCUGCUGAAAUACAGAUAUCCAAAGAUAUUUGAUGAUGAGGGUGUCGCCAUUCUUCAUGCGUGGUUGGCUGCAGAUGUCAAUCAACGAACAAUCAUAUGGAGCAAAUAUGACAUUAACGAGGACCUGUGCGUGUCUACUUUGAUGUCCUACAUCUCUGAACAUUCCAACUCAUUUCCUUGCCUGGUCGGAGAAGGCUUCUCAUCAGAUCUGAAAGCCGAGAUGGUUCUGUUCCUUGCACAUAAGUACAUGAUAGAUUUUCAGUCCACUCAUUGCACCCCACUUCCUGCCAAUAUGUUCCGGUUACCAUGGGAACUAUCUUCAGAAUUAGAGUAUGUGAAGGUAUGAGCCAGACAUGGUCGAUCAAUAUUAUAUUUGUAAUUAAACUUAUUGGAAAUAUCAAAUUCAUGGUUUUCUCAUAUGUAGUCUGGUAGAUACUGAGUACGUGGUGCUAUGUCUCAGAAGACAGACUUUUUGUUUUUUUAGUUUAUAGCACAGGUAAGUGAAUAUUUAUAGGGACUUUAUUGUGAUUUGUUGCUUGUUGUCGAGUACCGCCACAUCAGGGUUUAUGUUGUAUCGAUUUUCACUUUUUUCUCUGCAUUUAAUUGUGCACUCAAAUCACUUAAACUUAUGUAGCUAUUUUAACUUCAACUUCAAAAUUUAUGUUGGGGAAAAUUCUGAUAAUAAAAUGUAUAAAUUUGUGAGUGGGUCAGCCAUUCUUGGCUGUGAAAUUGAACUAAAGAUUUAUCCAUCGUAUGUUCUUUAAAACCACGACAUUUCGGAGGCUGCUUCUGUCUCCGUCUUCAGGUGAGAGGUACGUACUCUGUUUGGAUCUCUGUCACUGGACCUGUCCUGACAAUGAAUAAUUUUAAGUGUAAACUACCGUCGUCAAAACCCUUUAGAAUAGAAAUUUAUGUUUUGUUUGUUAAUGAAAUUACACAGAAUGUUAUGAAAUUGUUAUAUACCACGUUUAAGUUUAUGACAAUAACAUAUCUCAUUGAUACACAACCAACAUGGAUGAUAAAGCAUUAUUAAAUAAACAAACAAGGAUGCAUUUGACUAUCUGUUGGGAAAUAAAAUGUUGAAGUGUAUGCUAAUAGCGGUGAAAAAGUUGAACUCAUUAUGAAGUGCAUCAGAAAAAAAAGACACAGACUUGUAUUACAGGGCAGAAUAAUUACCCUAUAAAAGGUAAUUUCAUUUCAGAAAAAUUCACAAAAAAUUAUAAUUUAUGUUAUUUUAUAUUCUGUCAUCCUUGUUCAUUCCAUUUUGUGGCAUUUUUGGGUUGUUCAAACAACAUGGUUUUUCCGGCUAGUUCCGUCAUUUUCUGUAAGUUCCGUGACUUGCGUGUUUGAUAUUUGAUUCUUUCAUCAUGUUUAAGCACCGUGAAUAUAUUUAUAACACCGACUAAAUGCUAUAAAUAUGGAGAAACAAGCUGACAGUAUAGAGCACUGAUGGAAAGAAGAAUAAUAAUUUAUUAAUCAUUUGUCAUCUUACUGACAUCUCACAUGACUCACCUUUUAAACAUAAAGUAAAUUCCAAAUUAUAUACACUAAUGAAGGGGAGGAGAUGCACAAAUAAUCAAAGAAACACGAAUAUCCAAAAUAUUUUGUUUGGUGUUUUCAUAAAACUUAAAAAAAUUACGUAUUUUCUGAACACAACUGACCUUUAUUUUGAGAAAAAGUUUGAAAUGUUCAGAUUUUUCCUCAUGGCAGUGCUAAUUUUUCUGGGGACUGUAAUGUCACUGUAUUUGAACCCUCUCUGCCCCAUGUAGUGUAGUAAAGCGUCAACACACUGUAGCGCCAUGCUGUGUCUGACACACUCGCUGUUUUCUCCUCCUUCUUAACUCUCAUCCUCCCCAUCCUCUUCUUAUGUAUUAUAUUUCACAGUGUCUCCAUCUGUCAUGUGCUAUAAACAAAAUUCAUGCUCGUCACUCUGUGGUCAGUAUUCCGUAUUAUAUUUGUUGAUGUUUUUAGAAUUUAUCAUAUUUCACGUCAAGAAUUUCAGACUUCUUGUAGAUUUUUAACAAGUUUCUUCCAUGAUCAGACCAGUGUUACUGGAUUUACGGAAGACCUCGCUCAAGAUACGUCAUCCAGAGCAUCCAACAUCAUAAUUUUCUUUAUAAUCCUAUUGUGUUGCCUUAAUUAGCAAGAAUUCUGAGCUCAGCUCAUUAGCAUAAUUUUACUGACAUAAUCUUUCAAUCCCUAUCCUGUAAUCUUUGGCUAAUUUUGUCACCAAUUGUCAAUUUUUAACUUUUUCAAUUAACGUGAGCCUUUGGUUUACUGUCAGUACCAUAUCUUACAAUUUUCAGCCAUGGACCCACGAGUGUUAUCCUUCACUUUCACCUAACUGACGCAAAGUACAGCGUAACAGAAUUGAUUCUAAGACGCUAAUAUUUGAAAAUAUUAAGUGCACCCCUUGUCACUACCAUAACCAUUAGAACUAAACUCCUCCCCACUAAUACUGGCCACAAAGUA